AUGUGGGGCAAACCCACAACCUACCUUGCCACAAGCCCUUGGUCUGUGCUGCGGAGAGGGGUGGCAGAUGAAAAAAGGGAGCCUUUGAAAAGCAAGGACAACAAAGGUUUGAAUAGUGAACAAUCAUGUGGAAAGAAAAAGAUCCCAGGAAGCAAUGAAAAAGAAUUGACAUCUGAGAAGCUGGGGGCCAUCUGUCCCAGGACUCUUCCAGAAGCCCCUCUGCAGAGAGUUGUUCCUGCCUCAGAAUCCCUCACUGAGGAACUGUCCCAAGCCAUGCUGCGAAUGAAUAUGGGCCUAGAGAGGGAAUAUGCUUACGACAUCUUCAGCAGUAUGAUGAAGCAGCAAUCGUAUGCCUUCCAAGCCUUUGACUUGCCACGCUCCAUCACGCCGGAGAUGCGUGCCCUUGUUAUCGACUGGCUGGUGCAAGUUCAUGACUAUUUUUGUCUGUCUGAUGAGACACUCUACCUGACAGUCUACCUGAUGAAUGCCUACAUGAAAGCAGGCAAGGUGCACAUCCUCAGCCUUCAGCUCCUUGGCAUAGCUUGCCUCUUUGUGGCCUGCAAGGUGGAAGACAGCACUUGCCCAGAGGCGAACCAGUUGUGCUUCAUGACACAGGACUCGUUCACCUGGAAGGAGCUGCUGCGCAUGGAGCGCAAGAUCUUGACCCGCCUGAAGUUUGAACUACAUUAUGCCAACCCUCUCCACCUGCUCCACUGGGUGGCAGAAGUGGCCCAAUCCACCUUGGAGGUACAGUACCUGGCCCGGUAUUUCCUGGAGCUCUCUCUGAUGGAGGUGGACUGUGUGCGUUUUGAGCCUGCUCAGCUGGCCCUGGCGGCCCUGCACUUGGCACAGCGCUUGCUUCUUCAGGAGGGGGGCACCAAGGAGAUGCCCCAGGAAGGCACCUGCAAACUCCAUACAUACAGUGAGUCUGAGCUGUCUGCUGUGUAUCCCUAUAUGGCCAAGGCUGCUUUGCGAGGACCCAACUCUCCCCUCUGUGCCACUUUCCUGAAAUACUCCCGGCCUCAAAAGCUCUGCAUCAGUACCAGCUUUGACAUCACCGCCUCUGAAUCUCUAAAUCGCUGCCUGGGGAGCCCCAUCCCAUGAAGGAGUAUUGCUUUAUUAUGAUGCUGGUGCUGGGGUUGCAUUAUUUCACACUAUGUGGUGGAAGUCAUUCCUGGCACCGAUGAGUGGCAUUAGACUAGAAACCCAUCAGGAUGGUCAAGUGUAUAAAAUUGUGUUGCUGAGCAGUGUUUCUGUGCAUGUGUAUGUCUUGUGCUCUCUAUUUUCUACUAUUCUUCUCUGUGCAUGCACUAUAUGCCUUAUUCUUCCUCUCUAUCUUUGUGCUUUAACUCUCACUCAAUGCAUUUUAGCAAAAUUUUGCUCCGACGGCAGGUUUCCCCUCCUUGCCUGAUCCUGUCGAAAUGACACAAGACCUUUAAAAAAGAAAAGAAUUGAUGACCUGUAAGAAAACAGGGCUCUUC